GUUUUGAAGUUGAUGCUCCAAGUUCAAGUGUUGUUGCAGAUGUUAAAGAGGCCUGUGGAAUAAUAGUUCAGGGAGAAGAUUUGAUUGAGAAACACACCGAUAUUGACCUGGAUGCAAAAGGGCGCUGGACAAGGACUAGAGUUGCAAAAGUUAGUCUUUUGAUUUGCCCAUUCUGGUUCUUGGCACAGCUCACUUUUAAUCUGUCACUCAAGUACACAACAGUUACGUCCAAUACCAUCCUAAGUACAGCAUCCAGCUUGUUUACCUUUCUGGUAUCCGUUGUGUUCUUGGGAGAGAAUUUCACAUGGGUGAAGCUGCUUAGUGUUCUGCUUUGUAUGGGUGGAACAAUCAUUGUAAGCUUGGGUGACUCAAAGUCCGGAGCAUCUGUUGCCUCUUCAAAUGCAGUUCUUGGAGACGUACUUUCUCUUCUCUCAUCAGCCUUAUAUGCUGUUUAUAUAACCCUUAUUCGUAAGAAGCUGCCCGAUGACGACGAUGAGAAGUGUGGUCGUGUUAGUAUGGCACAGUUUCUUGGUUAUUUAGGUCUAUUCAACCUUUUGCUUUUCUUACCAGUGUUUCUUAUACUUAACAUUGCCAAACUUGAACUAUUUACGGCUAUUACCUGGAAGCAGCUUGGUCUCAUUGCUGGUAAAGGAUUGCUCGAUAACGUGUUGAGUGAUUACCUAUGGGCAAAAGCAAUCCUUUUGACUACAACUACAGUCGCAACAGCUGGGCUAACAAUUCAGGUCCCAUUGGCUGCCAUUGUGGAUUCACUCACAGGAAAUUCACCUGCUCUUACGGAUUAUAUUGGAGCAACUGCUGUAAUGAUGGGUUUUGCCGGCAUUAAUAUACCUUCAAAUGCAUGUUCAAAAUCUGAAGAAUCAAAUAUUGAAUUAGAAGGUGGAAAUUCUCUGCCCGCCCAACAAGAUCAUGCCACGCCCCUGUAGAUGAAGAACUGCAUGCUAUUUGUUAAUAGUGAUCUGUUGUUUUGUGUUUUUGAGUGAAAUGCCUAACAUUUUUUAAUGUCAUUGUGGACAAGGGAUUUGAGGAACACAUUUGAUUCUUUAUGUUGGUGUUAUAUACACAUACGUUAUGUACAGAAACUAUGAAGCACUAUGAGCAAAUGAAAUUUUAUUUCGCGGACGCAAAAC